AUGAGUGGCGUCAAGGUCCAAGCUUUGUUCUCAACGGCGGCCACUCAAACCAAAACUUGGUUACACUCCAUCUUGUCAGACGAUUAUUCGGACAUGGUUAUCCUCAAACAUUUAAACGAAGACACGUCCUGGCUCAUUCAGUUUACAUUCAACAGCACUCCAUUCAACAUUCUCAUCGAUCCUUGGCUCAAGGGCCCGCAAACAGACUACUGGAAGCUAUUUUCUACACAAUGGCAUGCAAGUCCAUCCUGUGUGGAGCACAUUAGCGAUCUAGGUGUUCAGAUUCACGCAGUGGUCAUCAGCCACGAAUGGACAGAUCAUUGUCAUAAAGCUACGCUCCUAGAAGUUGAAAAGGAGGUACCUGUAUAUGCGACAGACAAAGCGGCUGACAUCAUCCGGUCAUGGAAACACUUUGACAAAGUUUACAACAUUCCUCCACUCGCUCCUGGUCAGAGCUGGAAGACAUCUUCCAUCAAUGGCUUGCCAAAGCAACUUGGAAUAGCUCGUGCCGCCUCGAGCCAAGCAGACUUUCAAUACUACCAUUCAGCCGUAUGCAUCUCGUAUACACCCGAAGCGGAGGAAUCUGGAAAAGAUGGAGCACACACGAUUAUAUAUACACCACACGGAAUCCCUUGGUCCUCCCUGAAGUCGCUGCAGAGCAAUGGGAUUGAGGAAAUCAGCGCACUCCUGCAUGGUCUACACGAAGUGACCAACCCAAAGGUCCUCGGUGGCAAGCUCAAUCUCGGUGGUCGAAAUGCCGUCCAAGUCGCGCACAACUGCAAACCAAAGCUUUGGAUUGGAACACACGACGAGGUCAAGGUUGGAAAAGGUCUCGUCUCCAAAGUCUUGAAGAGAAGGAUCUGGAGCGUGGAGGAGGCUCUCAAGGAAGAAGGGCUCGCUGAUAGCGACGCCAAGUUCAGAGUUCUACGUUCAGGAGAGCAAGUCGAAUUUGAUUAA